AUGUUCUUCCUGUCUGUGUGCCAAGGCUUGACGCAGAACCUUUCUGGGCUUGUUGCAGCGCGAUCCUUCCUCGGUCUGGUCAGGGACGGUGUCAUCCCCGCUUGCCUAUGCCUCGUGCCAAUGUGUGGCACAGGCCAGCGAAAGCACAAAAUGGGCACUCUUCUUCUCCUUAACAACCUCGUAGGCCGUAGCUCCUCGUUCCCCGGGUCCCUCUCCCAUGGAACAGUGUUCUUGCAGAGUCCCACAGAAGGUAAGUACACUGAUGUGCGCGGUGUCCGCUUUCUGUCCUUCUUCAUCCCCGACUUCCCCGACUUCCCCGAGGAAGCAGGCAGGCUCUCGCCAGAGUGA